UUUCCCUUUUCUUUUUUUCUACGCAGAGACACGAGAGAGAGAGAGAGAGGAAUGUUGGAGUCAGAGCGGUUUUGGGUUUAGUUGCUGGUUUCUGCAGUCUCUUUCUCGUGCCUUCGUGUUGUUGCUCUGCUACCAUUCUUCUCUGUCUCCUCCGAAAUGCCGCGUAGCUAGCCACCGACCAAAAUAAAAAGUCUCCCCCUCCUCCAUUUCCCUUCUAAACCCUUAUAUCUCUCAUCCCAAAUUCUCCCUCACUCUCUCCUUCCCUCCGAGUUAAGAUUUUGCGGUUCGGCCCGAGAUCGCCCGGUCCUACGGAACUUCUGCAAAAGUUGGCAGUGCGCUCCUUUUUCAAGCCAUCGUCUUUAAGUUUCUGUGAGGUUUUGACUUCAAUAAUGGCUGGUGACUCUUUGAUAAGCUCUAAUGGUCAUGGCAACGGCAACGGCCAGCCUGAUCCACAGAGAACUUACCAAGUUGUUGUGGCUUCAACCCGAGAAAUGGGUAUUGGUAGGGAUGGGAAAUUACCAUGGAAGUUACCUUCUGAUCUCAGAUUUUUUAAAGAUAUCACUACAAAUACAUCAGAUCCUGCGAAAAAGAAUGCACUUCUAAUGGGUAGGAAAACGUGGGAGAGUUUUCCCGUUGAGAGUCGGCCUCUGCCUGGUCGCCUUAAUGUUGUUCUGACUCGCUCUGGGAGUUUCGAUAUUGCAACUGCAGAAAAUGUUCUAAUAUGUGGAAGCAUGGCUUCUGCUUUGGAAUUAUUAGCUGGCCCCCCAUAUUGUCUGUCAAUUGAUAAAGUGUUUGUUAUAGGAGGCGGCCAGAUAUUGAGGGAAGCUCUCAAUGCGCCUAGAUGUGAUGCUAUCCACAUCACAGAAAUUGAGACAAGCCUUGAAUGUGACACAUAUAUCCCUGCAGUGGAUACCUCUAUAUUUCAGCCAUGGUACUCGUCCUUUCCUGUGGUGGAAAAUAAUAUUCGAUAUUCCUUCACGACAUAUGUUCGUGUUAGGAGUUCUGCGGGUGAAUCUUUUUGUCAAAACGGUGAUCUGGUCUUUGAUGGUAGUUCAGAUUCCAUUAAGUUUGAGGUCAAGAAGUUCUCUUUCUUGCCCAAGAUGCUCUUUGAGAGACAUGAGGAGCUCGUUUAUCUUAGAAUGGUUCAAGAAAUAAUCUCAGAUGGCACUCUCAAGGAUGAUAGGACGGGGACUGGUACUUUGUCGAAGUUUGGGUGCCAGAUGCGGUUCAAUCUGCGCAAAACUUUUCCUCUUCUUACCACUAAGAAAGUGUUUUGGAGAGGUGUUGUUGAAGAACUUCUGUGGUUUAUCAGUGGAUCAACAAAUGCCAAGGUCCUCCAGGAAAAAGGGAUUCAUAUAUGGGAUGGCAAUGCUUCUCGAGACUACCUUGAUAGCAUCGGUUUGACAGACAGGGAGGAAGGUGACUUGGGACCUGUAUAUGGAUUUCAAUGGAGACACUUUGGUGCUAGGUAUACUGACAUGCAUGCUGACUACAGUGGACAAGGAUUUGAUCAAUUGUUGGACGUUCUUGACAAGGUUAAAAAUAAUCCUGAUGACCGAAGGAUAAUACUCUCAGCAUGGAAUCCUUCUGAUCUCAAAUUGAUGGCACUUCCACCUUGCCACAUGUUUGCCCAGUUCUAUGUGGCCAAUGGCGAGUUAUCAUGCCAAAUGUAUCAGCGGUCUGCUGACUUGGGCCUCAGUGUGCCUUUUAACAUAGCAUCUUAUGCUCUCCUGACAUGCAUAAUUGCUCACGUUUGUGAUCUCAAGCCAGGUGAUUUUACCCAUGUUAUUGGGGAUGCUCAUGUUUACCGCACUCAUGUCCGACCUCUGCAGGAGCAGCUUCAGAAAUUCCCUAAGCCUUUUCCAAUUUUGAGGAUCAAUCCUGAGAGGAAGAACAUAGAUUCUUUUGUGGCUAGUGAUUUCAAACUCAUAGGUUAUGAUCCUCACCAGAAGAUAGAAAUGAAAAUGGCAUUAUAGCCAUCUUGUAGAGCUUUUCAAUUGAAAAGACUUGAGAGAAUGGUCCCUCCUAUCAGGCAAUAUUUGCCAUAGUUUUUAAGGCACAACUGUGGGAGGUUUAUGUUGAUAUUGAAUUCUAUACGAAUAAAAAACAAAAAAGGAGGAAAAAAAAAAAAACUAGUUGAAUAUACUUAAACUUGGACCUGCUGCAGUGAGGAGAAUCCUUCAGUUCCACGGAGUUUGGUGGUUCUAAGGUGAUUUAGUUAAAAUGAGGAGCUUCUGACUUUUUAAGUUUGUUUUUCCCUUUUUAUAUGUAGCUAUCACCUUUUUAAAAUAUAGCUGCAAUUACUCUGCCGGUGUUAUUGAAAGUAACCAGAGUUUAAAAUUUCGAAUUAUCUUAUAUAUUUUUGUUGAAAAUUACUCGGAUUGUGUUCUUGAGUUCUAUUUCAGUGAUUGUUGUGCUUU